AUGGGGCUGACUAUGAUUAAAUUUAAUGAUGAAGCCACAAGGGAUCAGGUUUUGGAAUCAGGAAUUCUGCACUUCGAUAGGAAGCCAGUGAUUAUUCGACCGUGGUCUCCAGAUUUGAGUGCUUUUCGUUUGAUUCGGUCAGUUCCCCUCUGGAUCCGCCUUCAAGAUCUUGGUCUUCAGUACUGGGGAAGCAAAUGCCUUAGUGCUCUUGUUAGUACUUUAGGUAAACCUAUUAUGGUGGACAAGUUUACUAGAGAAAGAUCUAGAGUUCAAUUUGCUAGAGUUUUGGUGGAGAUGGCAAUCAAUGAUAAUCCUCCUAGGACAAUUCAGUUUUUGAAUGAGCAUGGUCAGUUAGUUGAACAAGGGGUUGAAUAUGAAUGGUUACCAAUGAAAUGCAAAGCUUGUGCUGGGUUUGGCCACUCUAUGGCUGAAUGUCGAAAGGAGCAGAAAGUUCAGGGGAAUGACUCUCUUUCACUGGGCUCUGAACCGAAAGGGAGAGACAAGGGUAAGGAGGCUACUGAAGUGUCUGAUACUGCAGGGGAAGUUAAGGAAAAGGAAGGUUCUGAGGCUUCUGCUGGGACAUCUUCUGGCUUACAGAGUAACACUGCUGACAAAGCUAGAGAUCAGACCCAAAAAACUGGUGAGGUUGUGGCAGCUGAGAAUGGUCAGAGGGGUCCUCAAGCUGGUUGGCAAUCUCCAAAGAAGAUGGUUUAUAGGAAGGGGAAAGAUGACCGAAGACAACAGAGGGACAAAGUGGGAUUAGUUGAUUUCGAGAGAGCUCAUCCUAACUCUUUUGUAGUCUUGCAAGAUCAGGUUGAAAGAGGGAAGGGAGGGUUCAGUGAUCCAGGCUCAUCUUAUGGACAAUUGUAA